AUGAAAAGAAAUGAACAUAAACAAAGUGAGGGUCUACCUCACACUGCUGGGACUCACCUUAUGAGUAGGGAGGCUGCAGAUGCAGUGUUUGUGUUGGGCCAGACGGGAGGCACACUCUUGGUCGUCAAGAUGAUAGACAUGCCAUAUUCAGUCUUCACUGAAACCAUCAAAAAUGCUUCUCUAAUGAACAGACUGUUCACUGGUUUUGUUCCAGGGAUGUUCAGAGGCCUGGAAGGCUGUGAAACAGUAACAAGUCUCGUAGUAAAGGAAUUGGCAGGAGACGUCCUGGCAGUGGGAGCAUGCCGUGAUGGUAAAGUUCGGGCAUGGUCUUGCACGCGUCUUCAGUGCAUUCUGGCACAUGACACACUGGAGAAUACAGCUGAGGCUGGACGAAAGUUAAAUCCAGGAGCCCAGCGGCACCAGAUACGUAGCUGUGGACAAGGAGAGGACACCAUCCUAGGCGUCUUUCUCAACUUUACUGAGAAACAUUUGCUUAUAAUAUAUCAGCCAACUGUGAACCUUGGUCAAAUAGCACUUAGUCAUAUGAAGACACUCUACCCACCACAGUAUGACCUUGUGGACUUCAGCCUGACAUCAUGGUACAUCUGGACCUUGUGGACAGAUGCUAAUAAUGAGACACAAGUGCUGUAUGCCCCAGUGAAGAGUGAAGAGGGUUCCAAGGACCCACCAGGGCUGUCUUCUGUGGUGCUCGAGGCUUCCCCAGAGAAGGAAGUUUCUCUCACUGACCCAUUCCUUGAUCCUCGUGAAGUCUACCUACGAGAACUCUUCAUGCCAAACCGCUUUUCUGCGCACACUAUUCGCAAAGCAUUAGGGAUUUAUCGGCGUAGUGUUGACUUCUCCAGCUUGGCAGAAAGGGGAAUGUGGAGGCUGCAAGAGGAAGUGGAAGCAGCACUCAGGGAUCAGGUGGAGGCCCGCCUCAGUGCCAACCUUUCUGACGAGGAGAUUACACAGAUUACUCUGGAAGCUUGGGCCACAUUCUACUCCCACACUCUUCAGUACCAGCAGGUUGGACACAAGCCAGUGGGCAUUGUUGGAGUUGGUAGUGACUGGUUGGUUGGUGUGGUCAGAAAACAAGUAGUGUCAUGGGUGCGGCCCAUGGAUGCUCUUGAAGUUGUUGCCCUGGGACCAGUUGAUACCUUGAGUGCAGCCAGCCUUGACGGAGUACUGAGUGAAGAUGCCGUUGUGAGUGCUGCUGUUGUGGCACUGGCCAAACCUCUGCACUUGGUGAGGGAGGCUAUCCCACUGGAAGUGGCAUCAGCAUUCACUCUUGAUCUUCAUCAUCUACAGCCUCCAGACCAAGUUGCAGCCUCCAUAACUGCGUCACUCUUGGCUGACAGUGCUAAGCUCUCAUCAGACUUGGGUAAAAAGUUGGCUAGUGUAUCUGGCCUGGUGGCUGGUCUGCGGGCUUAUCUUCAUGCAUUGCAAUUGGACAUGGGAAUGCCAGAUGCCCUAACUCUAGAAAACGGCAUCAAAUCAUCAGGAAGCUUGUCUGGGGCUCUAUCUGGGCGUGCAGGGGCAGCCAUCAUUGGUGCAGUAGUAGCCCAAGUAGCAAAAGUUAGACUAGAGUUAUGUAGAGAUUUGCUGCUUCUACAGCAGGUAGCAUUGCACUUGGGACACAAGUGUCGGCUCACUCCUGAUGCAGCUGCUCAGCUGCGCUCUACACUGCUGCCAAAGACUGCCCUCCUUACUCAGGCAUAUUUUGCUCUCUUGCAUGUAUCAACAGCAGCAGCCAUUCAACCCAGUCAGGCCACGUUGGAGGCUGGAAAACGUCAACUAGCAGCAUUAUCCCUGGGCAGCUGUCCGGGCAUGGUACAUGCUCUGCCCAGUGCAGGCCGCCCUGCCACUGUGUUGGAGCAGUUCUUCAUGAGCAGUGGUGGAGAUCAGUCUCGUGCCCUGGUGGGACCAUCUUUAGAUGACACCGGCAGUGGUCACCCAAGUGGUGGGUGGGCCCAACUUUUGAUGCCACUGGCCAUGACUGUGGCCCAGUUAGCAUGGCCCAUUAGUCGCUGCCUGAUACUGGUGGAGUGGCUUGUAUGGGGAGGACAACAUGGAACUGUUCAAGAGUAUGUUAGGCUGCUACAACCUUGGUGUGAAUGGAACAGCUGCUCUAGGAAGUUCUUGUUGGGUGUAGCUCUCCUCAACCAAGGAGAAGCCAUCAAGGCCGCACGUCUCCUGCUGUCUGCACUUGAAGGUGUCAUCACCGAAGAUUUCCUUGGUGUGAAAGUUGCAGGCGGAGGACCAGAGACUCCGCCAGACCAACUGCGUGUAAUGUAUUGUCUACGUGUGAUCCGUCUGCUGGAGCAGAGUGGGCAGCCAGCUCUAGCACUACAGGUGGCCCAAGAGGGAGUUGCCAUGGCUUCCUCCGACCAUCCAUCAAUGUCUGCCCUCUACUCUGUUGUGUUCAAGCAUCAUCUGGAGCUGCAUCAUCAUGAUGAAGCAUUCACUGCUCUACUAGCCUGUCCCGACCAACACCGCAGACGCAACUGUUUACGCCAGCUCAUAGUUUCUCUCCACGACAGAAAGUGCCUGACAACAUUAGUGGGUUAUCAGUAUGGCAGUCUGGAGUCUGAUGUGAUCACCAUCUUGGAGAACAGGGCUCGGUCUGCAGAUAUUCUCGUCAACAACUAUUAUGACUUACUUUAUGCCUUCCACAUCAGCAAACACAAUUAUAAGAAAGCUGCCUACGUGAUGUAUGAGUGUGCUCUUCGUCUCAACGUUGAAGGUGUCGGUGAAAACGGUCUACGGCAGCAAGCCAAGUGUUACCUGGCAUGCCUCAACUGCUUACGACACAUCCCUCCUGAGCAGGCAUGGAUAGUAAAGCCUCUACCCAGGUCAGCUGAGGAUGGCAUUGACAAUAAUGAAAGUCGGAUGAUUGAUGGGACUAGUCCUAAACGCAGUAGUGAUGGUGUGUCAGUGGCUCCUCCACUCACUCGGCGGCAGGCACAAGUCAAGGUGCUCGAGCUGACACACAUUGAGAGAGAAUAUGAACUUGUUCAUGCCAGACUGAAAAUGGUCAAAACACAGCCAGAUAUUCCAUCAUCAGGCUUUUUGAUAACAGAUGGGACUAGUCCUAAACGCAGUAGUGAUGGUGUGUCAGUGGCUCCUCCACUCACUCGGCGGCAGGCACAAGUCAAGGUGCUCGAGCUGACACACAUUGAGAGAGAAUAUGAACUUGUUCAUGCCAGACUGAAAAUGGUCAAAACACAGCCAGAUAUUCCAUCAUCAGGGGGUCCGUUGAGUGCUGCAGACACCAUCAGCUUGCUGACCCAUGGCAGAUUGUUCCGGGAGGCUGUUCGCCUAGCAAGGCUGUUUGAGCAUCCUGUGACACCUGUUCUGAAAGGGUUGGCCCAUGCAUGUCUUCAUCCUCUAGUCCCACGAAGCAGUGUCUGUAAUUCUCAAGAAGAAAAUGGCAUUAUUAGAGAGAGCAUAGAGAGUGAAGGAUGGUGGACUCUGCUGAAAGAGUUGUUGGAGGAGGAGGAGCGUGCUAAUCAGUCUGUGCUCCAUCAUGCUGUGGUAUCAGUUCUUCUGCAGCAUACCGCCUCUCUCCCUGCCUGGCUUGUUAACUCAUACAAGACUCGCAACUGUGGGGAGUUACUGCAGCUGUAUGUGACUCACGGACUGUUGGAGGAAGCAGUCAAAACUGCCACACUGUACAUUGAUGGUGUCUUGGGUCAUGGCACUAAACAGGUGGGUUUACGUACUGCUCUUCAUGCUGCAGCACCACCAGUGUGGCUGCCAUACACUGCCCUCGACAAGUUACUUCUAGAGCUGAGAGAAGUACAGCAGAACAAACUCUUCUCAAAGGUAUAGUAUAAAAAGUUGCUGAAUUACCUGUGUAUUUUCAAGA